GUCUGCCUUAAGUCGGUGUCCUUAGGCAGCAUUGGUGCAGGAGACUUUGCAUGCCUCCAUUCCGAGAUCUUCACGGGUUGCAUUCAAGAAAUGGAACCUCAAGCCUUCAAAAUCCCAUUAUCGGUCUCCAGGAUGAGUCAGUGGUGUAAACUGCAACAGCUGGAUUCUAAAUUCUUGGAACUUGUGCAUCAGCUCUACGAUGAUAGUUUUCCUAUGGAGAUCAGGCAAUACUUGGCACAGUGGCUAGAAAGCCAAGAUUGGGACCAUGCUGCUGAAGAUUUUUCAAUGGCCACAUUGCUCUUUCAGAAUCUCCUGUCACAACUAGAUGAUCAAUAUAGCCGUUUUACCCAGGAAAAUAAUUUUUUAUUGCAGCACAACAUCAGAAAGAGUAAACGAAACCUCCAGAAUACUUUUGUGGAAGACCCGAUGUAUAUGGCCAUGAUGAUCUCCAAAUGUCUCCAGGAAGAAAGGAAAAUCCUGAAAUCUGCAGAGGCCACAGAUCAGAUGCAAACGGACAGUGUGCAAAAUACUGCGGCGCUGGGCAAAGUGAAAGAGAUGGAUGCAAAAGUCACAAAUGUGAAGGAUCGUGUCAUAGAAAUAGAGCAAAUGAUAAAAAAUCUUGAGGAUGUUCAAGAUGAAUAUGAUUUCAAAUAUAAAACCUUUCAAGUCAGAGAUUGCGAACCCAACAGCAUGACCCAGGAUGACUAUAAAAAGGAAAAAGUACAGCUCCACACCAUGUAUUUGCAGCUUCACAAUAAAAGACAGGAUGUUCUACGCUUGAUAUCCUCUUCGUUGCCUGUGAUUGAAAAUACCCAAAAUGCUCUGAUAACAGAAGAGCUGGUUGAAUGGAAGCAUCGACAGCAGAUUGCUUGUAUCGGCGGCCCACCCAACGCUUGUCUAGAUCAGCUUCAAAGCUGGUUUACUACAGUGGCUGAGAGUCUUCAGCAGAUUCUUCAACAGCUUAAAAAACUGGAGGAGCUGGAGCAAAAAUUCACCUAUGAAGCUGAUCCUAUUACCCAACAGAAGAAAGGGCUGUAUGAUCGGACAUUAAGUCUCUUCAAGCAGCUCAUUCAAAGCUCCUUUGUUGUAGAAAGGCAGCCUUGCAUGCCUACUCAUCCUCAGAGACCAUUAGUUCUGAAGACUGGAGUACAAUUUACAGUAAAGUUGAGAUUGCUGGUGAAACUUCAAGAGCUGAAUUACAAAUUGAAAGUGCAAGUUCAGUUUGAUAAAGAUGUCAGCGAGAAACUCACAGUGAAAGGAUUUAGAAAAUUUAACAUCUUGGGAACAAAUACCAAAGUAAUGAAUAUGGAAGAGUCGAAUGGGAGCCUAUCAGCAGAAUUUAGACAUCUGCAAUUAAAAGAGCAAAAGAAUGUUUCAAGAACUAAUGAGGGUCCUCUCAUUGUAACUGAAGAACUCCAUUCCCUCUGUUUUGAGACAAAAUUGGAACAGAACGGCCUUGCAAUUGAAUUGGAAACCCUUUCCCUUCCAAUUGUUGUGAUCUCAAAUGUCAGCCAAUUACCAAGUGGAUGGGCUUCUAUUUUAUGGUACAAUAUGCUGAUAAACGAACCGAAGAAUUUGUCCUUCUUCCUUAAUCCGCCAUGUGCAAGAUGGUCACAACUUUCUGAAGUGCUGAGCUGGCAGUUUUCUUCUGUCACAAAAAGGGGACUCAGUACAGAUCAGCUGAACAUGAUCGGGGAGAAGUUGCUUCCAAAUGGAUGUACUCCAGAUGGCCUGAUUUCAUGGGCACGAUUCUGCAAGGAAAACGUGAACGAUAAAAACUUUCCCUUCUGGCUGUGGAUUGAAGGGAUCCUUGAACUGAUUAGGAAACACUUGCUCCACCUCUGGAAUGACGGGCACAUCAUGGGCUUUGUCAGCAAGGAGCAAGAACGCAUCCUGCUGAAGGAAAUGGAGACUGGGACGUUUCUUUUGCGGUUCAGUGAAAGUAGUCGAGAAGGAGCGAUCACUUUCACCUGGGUGGAAGGACCAGCAAAUGAUCCAUCCUUCCACUCUGUAGAGCCCUAUACCAAAAAGGAACUUUCUGCUGUCAGCCUGCCAGAUAUCAUUCGCAAUUACAAAGUGAUGGCAGCAGAGAAUUUUCCUGAGAACCCACUGCAGUAUUUGUAUCCGUGCACUCUCAAAGAUGUUGCAUUCGGAAAAUACUAUUCCAGACACAAAGAGUCUUCGGAACCCAUGGAUGUGGAUGGUAAAGCCAAAGGAUACAUCAAAACUGAACUAAUCUCUGUAUCUGAAGUCCACCCUUCCAGACUGCCUGGCCCCGAGGCCCUUCUGCCCAUGUCCCCGGAAGAAUUCGAUGAGGUAGUACAAGCAGUAACUCCUGCAGAACUGAUGAUGUGUACAGAAUGUACGCCGUGAACCCUGGCAAGGCCAGCUGGCAUAGGCUUUAUAUCUCGUAAUGUUGUGUUUGAUUUACUGGUUUACUGCAAGAGCAGCUUGAAACUUCAGAAAUGCUUGCUUGCUACUAAAAAUAUUUAGCUAGCAAUCCUGUAUGUAGCUGUUUUCAUGGUGUCGUGUUCAAUAUUUACAGCUUUAUAUAUAAGGUUGUUUAGGUUCAGUUGGACCCGUGUGUGAAAAGGUAGAAGUCUCUAACUCCUCUUCAGAGCCUCUGGGUCUGAACAAUUAUCUUUUUAUCUUGGGGUAGAUGCUUGAUAGUUAUUGCUGCCAUACCAUUCUACUCUCGGGUUGCUGGGUCCUUCCCCUAACACUAGUUGGUCAGUAAGUUCCAAUAACCUCUGCUGCCCUUCAGAUGAAUAAAAGGUAAAAAUGAAUUUCUAUAACAGUUUCCUUGUGAGACUGGUAAUGAUUUCAAUCGUCUUCUGCCCCCAUUCCUCUCAAGCAAUAAAAUCUAAGGGUUUUUUGCUUAGAAAAAAAAAUGGCUUAGAAGAGCCGUGGUGGCACAGUAGUUAGAAUGCAGUAUUGCAGGCUAAUUCUGCUGAUUGCCAGCGGUUCGAUCGUCACGUGCUCAAGGUUGACUCCCAAGGUCAUAAAAUGAGGACCCAGAUUGUGGGGGCAAUAUGUUGACUCUGUAAACAGCUUAGAGAAGGCUGUAAAUCACUGUGAAGCGGUAUAUAAGUCUAACGCAGGGGUCGGCAACUUUAAACACUCAAAAGAGCCAUUUGGACCCAUUUCCCACAGAAAAAAAACACCGGGAGCCACAAAACCCUGCUGUUCCCCCCCCCUCAGCACUCCACCGCUGCUGCUGCUGCGGAGUGCCCUGCCGUUGUGCUUUUCCCUACUUCCCCCGUACGGAGCGCCCUGCUGCCGCUUUUCUCUCCUCCCGCACAGAGUGCCCUCUGCCGCUUUCCCUACCUCCCCCCCACAGAGCGCCCCACCGCUUUUCCCUCCUACCUCCCCGGCGCUGAGCACCCUGCCAUCGUGGCUUUCCCCAGCAGUGAAGGUGGAGUUUGGGAGGCAGCGGCAGGGCAUAGCCCAGGCAUGGCCCAGCAGCGAAGCUUGUCCUCUCCACUCAAGGCACUGCAGCAGGAUUGCUCUCAAGGCGGACGUACCCGGCUCUUAGCAGGUUAUUCUCUAUUUCUUUGCCUCCGUCUCUGUCUCUCUCUCAUUACAAUGUUUUCUGUUUUUCAAAUAUUUUUAUUAAGGAUUAUAAAUGAAAAGAGUAAUAGCCGGUGCAAACUAUAAAAACUACAAAUAGAAAAAUAGAAAAGAAAAAAAUUGCAGGGAAAAAAAAGACAGGAGAAAGAGGGGGAAAAAAACCUUUCUCCUUCAUCCCAACAGGUAAAAACAAUUUUAGUAGCUUAUCUACCAUCUUUAAAUACAGCAUAAUUAUCCCCAUACCUCAUCUCUUCAUUUAAAAAAAAUCAAAAUAUUUCAUUAAACAUUACUAAAAGCCCCAGUAAGGACAACCACAUAUAUUUUCUCUCUCUCUUUCUCCCCAAUAUAUCAUUUAGCUCUGAUAAAAUAAGCCACAUUUAUAAAUCUUCCCUGAAUUUUUAAAGAUAGUGAUUAACUGCUUAAAAAAAAAAAAAACCAAAAAAACCCUAGCUUGCUGUUCAUGUUUCAAAACAAAAAUCUUUCAAAAUUUAAAAAAUAUUUUGUAAGUCCAAUAAUCCUUCAUUUAUCACUUCUCAUGCAGUUGAAGAAAGCAGAGGCACAGCAGAAAGCAGCUUUCUUCAACGGGGAUUAUGGCCACUCGGGGGCCUCUGCAAAGCCUCAUGACAGUGGCAUUGGCACCUCCCCCCACUCAGCCCGUUUCCCCAGCUCCGUAUAAGAUGCUUGACAGAACCCGCCCCCCCCCCGCACCCCUGAUCAGACCUACAUGGUACCUUCUUUCCAUCAUCUCUUCCACCGUCGCAUGCAGUCCCAAAAAGAAAAGUUUGUGGGCAGUCCCACAAAAAAAAGUGGGGCUAAAAAAGUUUAAUCAAUCAGUUCCAACUUUGCAAGAUCUUUUUUUUUUCCGUGAGAAGUUGGAAUUGAUUGAUUGAACUUUUUUAAUCCCACUUUUUUUUUUUGUGGGACUGCAAAUGGCGGAGGACUGGGAGCCGCAGUAGAGGGAUGAAAGAACCGCACGCAGCUCCAGAGCGGUGGGUUGCCGACCCCUGGUCUAAGGGCUAUUGCUAUGCUAAGUUAACAUUCUUUUUAAAAGUAACUCAAAUACUGCAAUUAAUUCCAGUUUACAAAAACAAUGCAGUUCUCUUGGAAGAUCAUAAGAUGGUACUGGCUCACUGUAAUCAAUGAUCUCAGGAGAAAGACUGGGAUCAAGCUUCUAGCUCUCAAUAAAUAUUAAAGGGAAAAGUAAAACUUGAAAUCUCUGAAAUUGCACAGAAAGUUCUACAUUUGCAGAGAAUAGGGAUAAGAGAAUAAGGGGUCCCUCAUGCAUGAAAAUAAUUAUGAUUUUAAGACCCAGUCAAAUUAGAGUGAUUACCUGUUUCUUAGAGGUAACCUGAAUCCUGAAGCAAAGUCCUUUGCUUUGUCCCUGAAUCCUUUUGACCUCUUCAAAUAAUUUUAGCGCGACGUAUUGAACUCAUCAGAUGGUAGGCUUAAUUUAUUUUUCCAAGCCUAAGCACCCUAGCAACUGCUUCCCAUCUUCUUAUUUUUCCAGAAAUUGGCAAAGGAAAUCCAAGUAAACAUGGUUGGUGUUUCUAUAGUGUUAAACCACGUGUAACGUGGUCUUUCUUAUUGAGGGAAAGAAGGUUCUACCCACAAAUAUUAUCAGAGUGCUAAGUAAUUGGCAGUGCUUCAGAGCAGGGUGUAUUUUGUGUCAUGUUGCCUGUAAUGCUCGUACCUAUUGUCAAGUAAUUAAUAAAGUGCAUUUAUUGCAGUUUUCUAUGGA